UUCUGUUUGUCGGACAUUCUCCAUGAUUACAGCACUAUGGUGUCGUGUCCGAUAUGCGGAAAUUCUGUAUCACCUCGAAGGAUCAACGACCAUAUUGAUUCUAAUUGCCAAAACUACAUUGAUGAGCCGACGUCCAGCACUGGGGACCUGACAUCCUCUCAAAAGGCGCAGGUACCCAGCUUUUUCCAGCCAACCUCUGCUCGGAAAGCAUCCGCCCCGUCCAAUCCACACCCCGACUCGUCCCCUUCCCAAAUUGCAAGUCGCAAGAGACCCUCAGCGUCUGAAGCUGAAGUAGCGCCAGAUAGCAACAAUAGGACCAAAAAAGAUGCUGACCAGUUUGCGAAGAGGCCGAAAGUGAGUGCCUUUCAGAAGGCUGCGCCGUUAGCAGAACGCAUGCGACCCCGGACUCUUGAUGAAGUCUGCGGUCAAGACCUUGUUGGCCCUCAAGGCGUUCUUCGCGGGCUGAUCGAACAUGAUCGUGUUCCGAGUAUGAUUCUAUGGGGUGGUCCAGGUACUGGUAAAACAACGAUUGCGCGGGUGAUCGCUUCGAUGGUCGGGAGCAGAUUUGUGGAGAUCAACAGCACCAGCAGCGGGGUUUCAGAGUGCAAGAAGAUAUUCUCUGACGCCAAGAGCGAGCUUAGCCUUACGGGCAGAAAGACAAUCAUCUUCUGUGACGAGAUCCAUCGCUUUUCUAAGACCCAACAAGAUGUCUUUCUGGGGCCAGUAGAAAGUGGGCAGGUUACUCUUAUUGGGGCUACCACAGAAAAUCCCUCUUUCAAAGUUCAAACCGCUCUGCUGUCAAGAUGUAGAACUUUCACGCUGUCGAAACUUACCGAUGAAGAUGUCAAGUCCAUCUUGUACCGAGCUUUGCGGGUAGAGGGGCCGAACUACUCACCCUCUGAGCUAGUGGAUGAUGAGUUGGUUUCCUAUCUCGCGAAAUUUUCUGAUGGGGACGCUCGAACCUCUCUCAACCUUUUAGAACUCGCCAUGGAUUUGUCAAAGCGUCCUGGGCUCACCAAGGAAGAGUUGAAACGGUCUCUGACCAAAACCCUCGUCUAUGAUCGUGCGGGGGACCAGCAUUACGACACCAUUUCCGCCUUUCACAAGUCCAUCCGUGGCAGUGAUCCAGAUGCUGCCCUAUACUAUCUCGCCCGCAUGAUUCAGUCGGGAGAAGACCCACUCUAUAUCGCUCGGCGUCUGAUCGUCGUGGCCUCGGAAGACAUUGGUUUGGCAGAUAACAGUAUGCUCACUCUCGCUAUCUCUACCCAUUCAGCCGUCGAGAAAGUCGGGCUCCCAGAAGCGCGGAUAAACCUUGCACACGCGACCGUAGCCAUGGCUCUAUCAAAGAAGAGCACCCGAUCCUACAGAGGUCUCAAUAAUGCGUUUGCGGCAUUGGGAGAGCCAGGCAUUGCCGGGCUGCCGAUUCCAAUUCAUCUGCGAAAUGCGCCUACACGAUUAAUGAAGGAACUCGGGUAUGGGAAGGAGUACAAGUACAAUCCCCACUAUCUAAAUGGCAAGGUUGUUCAGGAAUAUCUUCCUGAGGGACUGCGAGGCCGGAAAUUUCUUGAGGAUCUCGAUCUUGGUCGUCAAAUUGAUCCGGACCUCAAUGACCAGCGUUGAGAACUGCAUCUUCAUGAGAUGAAACCCUUACAUGGCCUCUCCAGCUGACAUGAUGUACAUGAACGUGGUAUCUAGGCAUCGCCGUCUGUGGGGGGGGAUGUUUGGAUCUGAUACCCAUCAGCCUAGUUUAGGCCCCCAGUGCUGGCUGUUUGCUGUUAAGUUACGAAAUUUUUGGUUUUACAGCUCAAACUGCCACCUAUGACUAAAUUCUCGUGGCAGUGAAAAACUUCCAAGCUCUUCAUUAACACGUUCAUUGACGGACAGGGCGCUUCAACGAUUCUGGCGACCCUGGCCCCGACGAGGCACCGAAGGAUAGAAGUACAUCCUCAAACCGCGAAACGACAGUCAUCUUAGGACUAUACGUUCCUUACUCCAUGGUUGGCGUAAUUGACCGGAAGCCUUAUCUUUUUAUAAAUCAUCCAUCUUCGAGAUUUCCAGGCUAUAGGCAUGGUUCUUACGCGAGCGAGCUGGACAUGAAAAUAUGCGUAGAUGUAAAGGAUAGAAGAAUAGAUAACACUUGGAAUUAAUUGAUCUACCAGAGGUUGUGUAACAGCACUGAAUUUACAUAGAGCAGAAUAAACAAACGGCCACCGCU